CGGAGUACGGAGAGGCUCUCGCGCAUGCGCCUCACGACAACGGGGAAUCGCUGAGGCUGCGUGCGGAACCUAGUCAAAGGACAGCGCGACCGGUAAAGUGGGCGGGUUGUCGUCCGCAACUCGUUACAGGCGGGAGUUGGGGGAUGAACUUGUCGGCCUCCGCGGGCCCCUCUUCCUCUGGCCGCUACCACCGUCAUGGCCACCAUAGAAAAGGAGUUCCAAGAGAUCGACGCUGCGAACGAUUGGCAGCCCCGCUACCAGGACAUUCGUAACCAAUCCAAGGAUUAUCCUCAUAAGGUAGCAAAGUAUCCAGAAAACCGAAAUCGAAACAGAUACCGAGAUGUUAGUCCAUAUGAUCACAGUCGAGUUGUACUGCAGAAUACAGACAACGAUUACAUCAAUGCAAGCUUGGUGGUUAAUGAAGAAGCCCAAAGAAAUUACAUUUUAACACAGGGUCCACUUCCUAAUACAUGUUGCCAUUUCUGGUUAAUGGUAUGGCAACAGAAGACCAAAGCAGUUGUCAUGCUAAACAGAAUCGUUGAGAAAGAUUCGGUAAAAUGUGCUCAGUACUGGCCCACAAAAGAAGAGGACAUCAUGAUGUUCAAAGAAACGGGAUUUUGUGUCAGGCUAAAAUCUGAAGAUGUCAAAUCCUACUAUACAGUACGACAACUUCAGCUAGAAAAUAUCAGUAACGGGGACUGCAGGAUAAUAUUCCAUUUUCAUUAUACUACAUGGCCAGAUUUUGGAGUUCCUGAAUCCCCAGCUUCAUUCCUCAACUUCUUGUUUAAAGUCAGAGAAUCUGGAUCUCUGAGCCCUGAACAUGGACCUGCAGUCAUUCACUGCAGUGCUGGAAUAGGGCGCUCUGGUACAUUUUCAUUGGUGGAUACAUGUCUUGUCCUGAUGGAAAAAAGGAAAGAUCCAUUUUCUGUUGACAUUAAACAAGUAUUAUUAAAUAUGAGAAAAUACCGCAUGGGACUUAUCCAGACUCCUGAUCAGCUAAGAUUUUCAUAUAUGGCUGUAAUAGAAGGAGCCAAAUAUAUAAUGGGUGAUUCUACUAUACAGAGUCAAUGGAAGGAACUUUCAAAGGAGGACCAAGCGCCAAGUUCUGAACACUCUCCUCCAUACACAGCCAAACUUCCAAUGGAGAAGUACAACGGGAACAGUGUGGGCUUUGAAAAUCAGGGGCAAACUGAAGAUCUCAUAGAUGCUGAGCUGACCUCGACAAUUCAAAAUACUGCAGAUGCAAAUGCUGACAUUGCUGUUCGGAAACGGCUGAGAGAAGACAGGAAAGCUAACACAGCACAGAAGGUGCAGCAGAUGAAACAUAGGCUGAGCGAGGCUGAGAGAAAAAGAAAAAGGUGGUUAUCUUGGAAACCUAUUCUCACUAAGCUGGGGUUUGGUACAGCCAUUUUCAUUGGAAUUUAUUGUUUCUGGAAAUUUUUUUACACAGGCUCCCUUAUGUGAGUGUGUGCUUCAGGUUGCAGCCCUGUGCCCCUUAAUAUAUGCUUAAGUUCCACACAUGUUUACUGACUGCAGAAUGGCAGCCAUAGUUUGCAGACCAACUAUGCUGCUAAAACACCAGUGGCGGGGAUAUGACAUUCAAGAUCAGUGUAGCAAUGUUGUAAGGUGCAGCAUGUGGUUAAACAGAUCACAAGCCACAGUCUCAGGACUUUCUGAAACCAGAUUGCUACCUGGAAUAAAGUUGUACACUGUUAUUAGGUAAUCUAAAACCCAUUUUGAGCAAGUACGUAUAUAUUACUUAAAAUGAUUCUCCACUAGAUCUAAGGUAGAGAGUGUUCUGCCAACUCACAUAUCUGAUACAAGCAAUAAACAGUGUGGUGUCAUACUAUGAAUGCAAAGCAAUUACAGUGACGUUACGUAAUAUGCUAGUAAACAUUUAUAUGAUCCAAACUUAGCAUAAAUACAUUUUGUAACUCUAUCUUUAAUCAUACUUUUUGUAGAUAACUGUAUUUUGUAAAAGCCAGAUUUGUACAAAAAUUUCAGUGACCCAAACAAAGUUUGCAUUCAAGCAGUUAGCAGUGCAUCCAUCUCCAAACAUUUCAAGAGUGAUUUGGAAAUUCACUGGCCUUCAUCAGAAUGUCACCAUUCCUUAUGUAAUGAUUAGCAAAUUGCCCCGCUGGGAUUCAAUGUCAGGAGAUAGGGCUACUUCUCAGUUGUUAUUGUGUUAAGUUGCAUUCAUGUAUUUAUGCUUGUAGUUAACAUUUACUUUAUUUAAAAACAAAAGACUUGAAAAUGUUACAUUUUUAUAAGACUUCUGGAAGCUUGGUACCCUAUCUCAAAACUAUUUUGAGGAGAAAUUGUGUUAAUUUCAGCUGCUGUUGGAAGCUAAUAGUUUAUGUCAAAGUUUGAACAUUCCAUUAAAUGUGAAAACUUU